AUGCAAUUGACAUAUACGAACACGGCCGAGUACUCACAGAUAAUAGAUGAUCUUCGCAAGUCUUUCACUAACAAUUUGACGAAAUCGUUGAGCUACCGAAAAAGACAAUUAAGACAAUUAUACAAAUUACUGGAGGAGAAUGAAGAUGAAAUAUGUGAUGCUUUGUACAAGGAUCUUCGCAGACCGAAAACUGAAACGAUGAUCGGAGAGAUAUCAUGGUGUAAGAAGGAAUCUUUAGAUGCUAUCGAGAAUCUUGAUGGUUGGUCAAAACCAGAAUAUGUUAAAGUUGGCAUUGCGCACGCGUUAAAUGGGUGUCAUAUAAGAAGGGAACCGGCUGGGACCGUGUUGAUAAUUGGCGCGUGGAAUUAUCCAGUCCUUCUCCUGCUUGCUCCGUUCAUAGGCGCGAUUUCAGCUGGUUGCACCGUAAUUCUCAAGCCUUCGGAAGUUCCGGAUAACACUUCGGCCACACUUACCAAACUGAUUUCCAAGUAUCUCGAUCAAAAUGCUUAUCGUGUUGUGAAUGGAGGUAGUGAAGAGACGAUGGAAUUAUUACAAUUCAGAUUUGAUCAUAUAUUCUAUACUGGUUCCGGGAGAGUUGGGAAAAUCAUCAUGACUGAGGCCGCAAAACAUCUAACCCCUGUGACCCUGGAACUUGGCGGAAAGAGUCCGGCGAUAAUUGCCAAGGAUGCAGAUAUUCCAAUUGUAGCCAGACGUUUGAUUUGGGGCAAAACCUUUAACUGCGGGCAGACGUGUGUUGCUCCAGAUUACAUCAUAUGUGAAAGAUCUGUGCAAGAAGCUCUCAUUAAAGAAUUUCCAAGAGUAAUCAAAGAAUUUUUGGGGGAAAAUCCUCAGAAAAGUAAAGAUUACUCUCGUAUCAUCAAUCAGAAACAAUUUGACCGUUUAAAUAAUAUGCUGAAAAAAACCAGUGGAAAAAUUAUUUACGGCGGAAUUACGGAUAGGGAUGAAUUAUACAUUUCCCCGACAAUCGUUUCCGACGUGACAGAGGAUGACGAAUUGAUGCAGCAUGAAAUAUUUGGCCCUAUUUUUCCCAUAAUGGUUGUUAAUGAUCUUGAGGAGGCUCUUGAAUUUGUAAGGUCUAGAGAUAUUCCUUUAGCCAUCUAUCCGUUUAGCAGGAGUGAUAAAACUAUUCAGCAUGUUCUUGAUAAUACUCGUUCCGGUGCAACAGUUAUCAACGAUUGCCUCAUGCAAGCAUCUGUCAUGACGUUACCUUUCGGCGGUCAAGGUCAUUCAGGGAUGGGAAGUUAUCGCGGGAAGAGAAGUUAUGAUGUAUUUACCCACGAACGAUCGGUGAUGAACACACCAUACUUUUUCGAAAAGUUUAUAGGAUUUCGGUAUCCACCUUAUACUCAACGAAACGAUAAAAUUGCGAAUUGGUUAUUUUUCUCCCGAUGGAAAGGUAGAAGUCUGUUUAGAGGUGUUUUGGGUGCUGUCAUCGUACUUUUUCUGGCCUAUUAUAGCCACAAGUCCGAGAAAUUAGUUGGCUAUGUAAGAAAUUAUUUUUCGUAG